UGAGGCGUUUCACCGCUAUAGAUCUGGGCCGUCCAUCGGGGAAGAAAGUGCCAUUCUUAUGCGUCCUCUCCAUCUCCAUGAGUUUAGGGCCCAGUUUGAGUUGAUCUGCCAGGAGUUUCUUGGCCUUGACUUCUGUGUCAUGCCAAGCUUCAGUCUGUACGUUCUCAAUUCCAUCGAUUAAAAUGUUAUUGCGCCUCGAUUGAUUUUCAAGGUAGUCUUCUUUGGAAGAGUGCUUGUCAGGUGUUGUUUGGAAAAUUGCAAAAUCCUCAGACGUGGUUUUGAAUGCGGUCUGGCUGGUGACAUUUGCGCCCUUUAGCUCCUCCUCCAUCCUGUUAUCAAUCAAAUGAAAGGUAAGCAUUAACUGUUGAACAUGAUAUUGAAUUGUGUUUUUUUCUUCAGGUUGAUGGGAUCAUCACCAUAAGUAAAUAUGAAUCGUACCCGUGUGAACUGCUUGAAAGGUGUUGUCACCUUCCUCAACUUCAUCUGCUGGGUAGGUUAUUAUGAACUCUUUAUCGUCUCUUAAACGUGGUGACAUCUGUAAUGUCAAAUGCAGCCUGUAGAGGGGAUAAAAGCAUAAACAUCACUGUAUUCAAGAUACUUUCUAUACUUUCUUUAUUCAGAUACUUUACUAAGUCAUCAAAACUAAUGAUUUUCCUCAGUCAUUUUCAUCAAAUUUCUACAUUUUUGUAUCAACAAUUUGAGAGAUCUACAGGAUCAUGUAUUCCCUUUUUUUUCACCCCAAUGUAAGCCUUUUACACUUGUGUGUCCCAGUUGUGUGGCGCCUUCAUCGUGGGUUUUGGAGAGUUCCAGAUGAUGCGCUCUAGAUUUGGCUCCCUCAUCACAUCCUUCUGGCCCCUCUACCCUGCCAACACCCUGACAAUCACGGGUACCAUCGUGACAUGUGUGUGUUACCUGGGAAUCAUGGGGGCCCUGAAGGAAAACCGCUGUAUGCUCAUCACUGUGAGUCUGCACAGAUAUUCUUUAUUUAUUUGUUUUAUUAGGUCAUUUGUCAGAGACCAGGCACAAUAAGGCUGUGUCCCAAAUGGCACUCUAUUGCUGCCUGAUCAAAAGUAGUGCACUCUGAAGGUGCCAUUUGGGACACAGCCAUGAUCUAUGAGUAAUUUGUGAUCUGUUGUAAUUGCAGUUUUUCAUCCUGCUGUUUAUCUUGAUGUUGGUGGAGCUGGCCAUGGCCUGUGUGUUUCUGGUGUACGAGAGGGAGGUAAGAAACAUCUAAAGGGUUCUCUGCUGUCCUUAUGACAUCUAUUUAUUAAAUAAAAGGUGUAAUGGUGCUAGUAGAAGUCAUAUAAAUAUGUGACCUGUUUGCAAUACAGAUUGACACUUUCUUUGAGAAAGACCUGAUGCGUAGCCUGGAGACAUACAAGAAUUCUACGUCAGAGGGGAACCUAACCAUUAAAGAGGACUUUGAUGUUGUCCAGCAUAUUGUGAGUAUUCAGUAGGUGUAACGUUAAAUUCAUACAUAUCGCACUGUAUACAUAAUACAAGCUGUACCUAGACCUCAAUAACAUUCCAGUACAUUUCUCCAUGCUGCUUGCCCGGACAGUGUUGUUACAGGAUGGUAACCCAGUGGCUUUGCUGUGUUCAGUUCAGGUGCUGUGGGGUCCACGGCGUGGCAGACUGGGAGGGCAAUGUGCCCCUCUCCUGUUGUACGAAAAACCCCUGUAACAUCAUCCCCCAACCUAACUGGCAGGAGGUGUGCUUGUUUCUCUGUCAGCAUCCCAAAAGGCACCCUAUUCCCUAUAUAGUGUACUGCUUUUGACCAGAGCCCUAUGGGCCCUGGACAUAUGUAGUGCACUAUAAAAGGAAUAGGGUGUCAUUUUGGAUGCAGCUUUUGUCUUACAUCUUUAUUUUGAAGAACUGCCACAGCAAUAUGACCUCUGUCUCUUUCAGGGCUGCCAUAAGAAGCUCAGGAACUGGUUUGCACAUAACUUUCUAUGCACUGGAGCAGGUGUCGUCUCCCUGUUCAUUCUACAGGUACAGUAAACAUCACCUUCUACGUCUUUUCUCAUUUGGGUCAAUGUGAUUACCAGCAUAGGAAUAGAAUUACUAUAGAAAUAGAAAUAAUCAUUAUUUGUAUGAUUACCACCAGCCUGUUUCCUCUUCCUUAGUCUGUAUGGACUGUGGUCUGAGUUCAAAUGUACUGACUAUGCAUCCAAAACAUGUUUUUGUUCUUGUUUGCAGUUCAUUUGCAUGUGUUUCACCGUCCCCAUCUUCUGCCAGUUCAGUCGUAAUGGAUAUGGUUACAAGUGAAAGGAGAACCCAUGAAUUUCAACUGGCUUAUUACGCAAUACAGGAUCUCAUUAACUUGAGACAAAAUAAUAAUAGAUGUAAUUUAUAUAGAGCUUUUCAAUACAUGAAAAAUCUCAAAGAUGUUUUGAUGUCCUAUGUGGCUCAGUUGGUAGAGCAUGGCCUUUGCAACGCCAGGAUUGUGGGUUCGAUUCCCACGGGGGACCAUUGCGAUGCACUCACUGUGAGUCGCUCUGGAUAAGAGCGUCUGCUAAAUGACUAAAAUGUAGAUGUGAUAAGGAUAUCAUUUUCCUUCACGUGUUUGGUUUUUGUUUGAUUGUUUGUUUAAGCAAUAAGGCCCAAGGAGGUGUGGUAUAUGGCCAAUAUACCACAGCUAAGGGCUGAUCUUAUGCACGACGCAACGUGGAGUGCCUGGACACAGCCCUUAGCCGUGGUAUAUUGGCCACAUACCACAACCCCCCGAGGUACCUUAUUGCUAUUAUAAACUAGUUACCAACGUAAUUAGAGCAGUAAAAAUAAAUGUUUUGUCAUACCCAUGGUAUACGGUCUGAUAUACCACAGCUGUCAGCCAAUCAGCAUUCAGGGCUCAAACCACCCAGUUUAUUACAUUUACAUUUUAGUCAUUUAGCAGACGCUCUUAUCCAGAGCGACUUACAGUUAGUGAGUGCAUAAAUUUUUUCAUACUGGCCCCCCGUGGGAAUCGAACCCACAACCCUGGCGUUGCAAGUGCCAUGCUCUACCAAUAGAACACAACGCAAUAUGUGACCUUUUCUGAGAGAAGUAAUGUUAUGAGUAGUAGUACUUAGCAUAUGACCAAGCAUCUAACAAAAUAGAUUGGCAAGAACAGUUGCCAUUGAGACUUUGAAUAAUUUGAGCACAGGAGGUUGGUGGCACCAUAAUUGAGGAGGACGGGCUCAUGGUAAUGACUGGAGCGGAAUUCGUGGAAUGGUAUCAAAUACAUCAAACGCAUGGUUUCCAUGCGUUUGAUGCCAUUCCAUUUGCUCCGUUCCGGCCAUUAUUAUGAGCCGUCCUCCCCUCAGCAGCCUCCUGUGAAUUUAAGCUAUCAUUCUGUAUUUUUGUGUUUUAAUUUCAUUCUGAAUAAAUUGCAUCUUAGAGACUAACACGUAUGUAUGUUAUUGUGAUGUUUCAAACCUAUAGGAAAAUAAAUGUAAACAUUCAUCAACUGGAUUCUUGACUGCUCAUACCUGUCUAUUAAACCACUGAGUCGCCAUAAAAUUGUGGAUGCACAUAACACCUUUUUACUCUUACAGAGUCACUCUGGAUAUACAGUGCAUUCAGAAAGUAUUCAGACUCCUUUAUUUUUUCCACAUUAUGUUAUGUUACAGCCUUAUUCUAAAAUGGAUUAAAUUGUUUUUUCUCCUCAUCAAUCUACACACAAUACCCCAUAAUGACAAGCAAAAACUGGUUUUCAGAAAGUUUAGCAAAUUUAUAAAAAAGAAAAAACUGAAAUAUCACAUUUACAUAAGUAUUCAGACCCUUUACUCAGUACUUUGUUGAAGCACCUUUGGCAGCGAUUACAGCCUCGAGUCUUCUUGGGUAUGACACUACAAGCUUGGCACACCUGUAUUUGGGGAGUUUCUCCCGUUCUUCUCUGCAGAUCAUCUCAAGCUCUGUCAGGUUGGAUGUGGAGCAUCUCUGCACAGCUAUUUUCAGGUCUCUCCAGAGAUGUUCGAUCGGGUUCAAGUCCGGGCUCUGGCUGGGCCACUCAAGGACAUUCAGAGACUUGUCCCGAAGCCACUCCUGCAUUGUCUUGGCUGUGUGCUUAGGGUCGUUGUCCUGUUGGAAGGUGAACCUUCGCCCCAGUCUGAGGUCCUGAGUGCUCUGGAGCAGGUUUUCAUCAAGGAUCUCUCUGUACUUUGCUCCGUUCAUCUUUCCCUUGAUCUUGACUAGUCUCCCAGUCCCUGCCGCUGAAAAACAUCCCCACAGCAUGAUGCUGCCACAACCAUGCUUCGCCGUAGGGAUGGUACCAGGUUUCAUCAGCAUUCAGGCCAAAUAGUUCAAUCUUGGUUUCAUCAGACCAGAGAAUCUUGUUUCUCAUGGUCUGAGAGUCUUUAGAUGCCUUUGGCAAACUCCAAGCGGGCUGUCAUGUGCCUUUUACUGAGGAGUGGCUUCCGUCUGGCCACUCUACCAUAAAGGCCUGAUUGAUGGAGUGCUGCAGAGAUGGUUGUCCUUCUGGAAGGUUCUCCCAUCUCCUCAGAGGAACUCUGGAGCUCUGUCAGAGUGACCAUCGGGUUCUUGGUCACCUCCCUGACGCAAGGCCCUUCUCCCCCAAUUGCUUAGCCGGGCGGCCAAGGAUGAUCAAUGGAAACAGGAUGCACUUGAGCUCAAUUUCGAGUCUCGUAGAAAAGGGACUGAAUACUUAUGUAAAUAAGGUAUUUCAGUUUUGUAUUUUUUAUAGAUUAGCAAAAAUUUAUAAAAACCUGUUUUUCGCUUUGUCAUUUUUGGGUAUUGUGUGUAGAUUGAUGAGGCAAAAAAAUAAUUUAAUCCAUUUUAGAAUAAGGCUGUAAUGUAACAAAAUGUGGAAAAAGUCAAGGGGUCUGAAUACUUUCCGAAUGUACUGUAUACUGUAUGAUUGAAACAACAAUGAGUAAGCUUUUACUUAAUUAAAUAUUUCUGAGCUUUGGUUAUUUAUGGUUGAAAACAUAGGGCCCAAAUUUCCCUCAGUGUGUGGGAGAACAGGGUUCACAAGUCUUUGCUAAAUGUAGCAGAGGAGGCUGGUGGGAUAAGCUAUAGGAGGACGAGCUCAUUGUAAUGGCUGGAAUGAAAUAAAUGGAAUGGUACCAAACACAUCAAACACAUGGAAAUAACAUUGAUUUCAUUCCAGCCAUUACAAUGAGCCCCUCCUCCCAAAGCUCCUCCCACCAGCCUCCUCUGGUAGGUAAUGUGUCACAGAAGUUGUCAUUUUGUCUUUCCCCUCAGUGCUAUUUUGAAAUGCAUGGCCCCAUAGUGUGCCGUAGAAUAAGGAAGUAGAAUGAAUUGACAUAUCCCCUUGCCUACAGUCUACUGAGAAUGGAAAGUACCAGUACAGUCAAGUCAAAGUUGCAGUACAUCCUCUAAACAACGGAUUGUAAAGGGUAUUGGGUUUGAUUGAAACUUGUAUCACUAUUUCAACUGACAAGGUAAGCACAAGGUUUCAAUUGUAUUCAUUUACCAAAGCUCAAUCCGUACCAUUCCCACUCAUCAGUGUCAUCAUUUUAAAUGUGAAGUUAUCUUUUAUUUGCUGUAAAACAGUGAGGAUAUGUGUCUUUAGAUUGCUAUGAGUGAUGUGUCUAGUCUAAUAGACGUCAGGGGAUAAGAAAAGUUGUUCCUGUGUAUAUGAAAAGCACAGGAGGUUGGUGUCACCUUAAUUGGGGAGGACGGGCUCGUGGUAAUGGCUGAUUUCAUUCGCUCCGUUCCAGCCAUUAUUAUGAGCCGUCCUCCCCUCAGCAGCCUCCACUGAUGAAAAGAGAGGAACUUCAACAAACCUAUGAGAAUAAUCUAAAAUUAAAUGUUGGGAGUGUUGUAUAUUGAAAACAUGUAUAUUUAAUAUAAAAACAACAUUUCUCCAGUAAAGUGUUAUAAGAAGAAAGAUAAGGCAGUUUGGGGCUUCUUAGGCUGUGUUUAUAUAGGCAGCCAAAUUCUGAUAUGUUUUCCUUCAUUGGUCUAUUGACCAAUCAGAUCAGCUGUGAAAAAGAUUAUGUGAGAAGAUCUGAUGUGAUUGGUCAAAAGACCAAUUAGUGGAAAAAAUAUCAGAAUUUGGCUGCCUGUGUAAACUCAGCCUUAGAGGUUGUUUGGCAGUAAUUGAUUUCAAUGUCAGGGAGGAUAUAAAGUGUAUUUUAAAUUUGACUCGGUGAGUUACAUUUAAAUAUGGCUAAUAAUCACAGACACAGCAUGGUGUCAGAGGAUAAGUGUCAUAUUGGGUUGGAUACAUUGCACAGGAGGUUGGUGGCACCUUAAUUUGGGAGGACGGGCUUGUGGUAAUGGCUGGAGUGGAAUUAAUGGAAAGGUAUCAAAUACAUCAAACACAUGGUUUCCAUGUGUUUGAUUCCAUUCCAUUAGCUCUGUUCUGGCCAUUACUAUGAGUCAUCCUCCCCUCAGCAGCCUCCUGUGAUUGAGUGGGUGUACAAUUCCACUAAUAUUUCCAUUCCGCAGUGGGAUGAAACACUGUUAUGAUGUUGGUAUACUUUCACUGAUAUUUCCUCAAAGACUAAGGGCUCUAUUCAAUCUACAGAUUUUUCCAUAGAAAUCAAAACUGUAUUGGUCUAAACAUCAUGUUAAAAGCUAUGAUGAAAACCCUUUAAAAAUGUUUGGCCGUGUCCCCUAGAUAAAUUUAAAGGAAGUAAACCAGAUACAGCAUUUCCUCAUUCUGUGACACUUGAUGACCUCACUACUCACUCACAAACAGUACCCUGUUCCUUUUAAUUUAUUCAGAUGAACAAAAUAAAAAUCUGACUCAAUGAUAUUCGUAUUAUUUUUAAACAAUUGUUGCUGUGUAUUUGUGUUGUAUAUUAUACUGUUUCCACUGAUGGUCUCUGUGUUAAAGACACGCUUAUCAUUGAUGUAUUGGCACAAUGUGUUUAUCUGUCUCUUGUUUAUUUUACAGGUCUGGAAGCACUUCUGGGAAUGGCUCAAAAUUGCCUCAAGUGUUUGAAAUACACCAUGUGUGUGGUUAACUUCUUGUGCUUUGUACGUAUCUCCAACAUCCACCUAUUAGCCUUCUACUCUUACUUUCCUGAAUGAGAUUGAAACCCAUGUUCAGGGUUUGGGAGUAACAUGUAAUCUGAUUACAAAAAGCAGUAACUGUAAUUAGUUACGUUAAAAGCUAAAAUAUUGUAAUCAGAUAAACAGAUGCAGUACUUUUGAAAAACUACAUGAUUACUUCUUGAUUACUUUUAAAUUCAGAAAGGAUGUUUGCGGGGGAGAAAAUACCUUUGUGUUUUCUCAAUGACAUUCAAUUCAGCAUUGAAAAAAGGCACAAGUUUAAGUUUAUCCCACCUGAGGAAGUCAGAGACCACUAAGAUGACACAUUAAAUGCAUUUCAUGGAUCCCUUUUGUCUUCUUCUAAUGCCUCUUAAGGUUAAGGGGAAAGUAAUCCAAAAGUAACCAUUACAAUUUUGGACAGGUAACUGUAACAGAUUACAUUUAGAAAGUUACCUACCCAACGCAACCCUGCCCAUGUUCAAUAUUUCAAUUUCCAUUUAUCCUGUAUGAUGUACAUUUUAGGACAGCCUCCUCCUGAUAAGCCUGACAAGUCCAGAUGAGACUGUCCUAAUAUGGACACCACAAUAAUGUCAUAUGACUCCAUAUUCUGUAUGAUGUAUGUUGACACCAUGUUGUGUUUGGUCAGAUUUGUGGAACGGCAGUGUUUGGUUUUGGAGUGUUCAUGAUGUUGAACUCCAAGGUGUCUGCUCUCAUCCCCACCCUGUACUCCCUGAAUCUGUCCAACACACUCCUCAUCACCGGCAUCAUCAUGACUUGUGUGUCCUUCCUGGGGUUCCUGGGGGCCCUGAAAGAGAACCGCUGCCUCCUCAUCACUGUAGGUCUCACAUGGAACUCAUAUUUGACAUUAUUUUGUAUUCAUCAGCGACAUUGGUCUCGUCAUUCACUGUCCUUGCUUUAAACUGACUUACAAACACUUGUAAUUUACCUCUUUUUAUUUAUCAAGGUACAAUCACUCAUUACAAGUACAACAUGCGAUUACAUAAGGAUUUUCCAGAAGGAUGUGCAUAUACUCAGUUUGUCUUGAUUUGCAGUUUUUCAUCCUGCUGCUCAUUCUGAUGUUGGUGGAGCUGACUGUAGCUUGUCUACUGCUGGUAUAUGAGACAGAGGUAAGAUAUAGCAGGUGCACCAUCAGACGUUGGUAGGAGGUUAAGGGGUGAGAGAAAAUGAAGUGAAGAAGAGAACAUUAAUACAUUACUAAUGAGGACUUACAACAGGGAAAUCAGGAGUUGAGAGAGGGCCAGGGUUGUGAGGAAAGGUCAAAGAUGAUAGGAGAUAAUCAGGUAAUGUUUUAUGAGACGUUCAUACUGCUAAGAAAUUAAUGUGUGUGCUUAGAUUGACAGCUUCCUAAAGAAGGAUCUCACAGACAGUCUGAAGAUGUCCAGGGACUCAGCUAAAGGUGGGAAUUCCACAAUGAACACGGACGACUGGGACAUCAUUCAGACCACGGUGAGUGUGAAUUGAGAAACAUUUAGACUUUACAAUGAAACAUGGAUGCCCCUCUUUCGCCCUGUCACGGGUGAGAACAAAAGUGAGUGGCAAUGUAAUGUAGCCUAUGUAAUUUCAUGUGUUGAUAACACUGCUUUUCUCAUACUCAAUUCUAUUGCAUGUAGUUCCAGUGCUGUGGGGUCAAUAACGCAAGUGACUGGAAGGACAAAGCGCCUAUGUCCUGCUGCUCCAAGAGCCCAUGUGACAUCAAGCAUCCAGUAUACUGGGAGGCCGUAUGACAAAACAUAUACAAUAUCCGCUCAUAUGAGUAACAAGCCUCAACUGAACUAUAAAACUGUAGAAAAACAUAGCUGAUGUCACGCAAUAAGGAUAUUUUCUCUUCUUCAUCUCAGGGUUGUUACGAUAAGCUGUCGGAGUGGUUUGGGGAGAACUUCCUAGCCACUGGGGUUGGUGUGAUUGUGCUCUGCAUUAUUGAGGUAUGAUCAGAUUCCCUACUAGUUAAUACAGGGUGUCAGUUUAUAUUGACAUUCACAUACAAAAAAGAUGUAUUCCUGACCAGAAGCGUCUGUCACCUGAGAGGCCUAUAUGUUACUCAUCUUGAAUAGCGUCUAAGAAAUAUGGUGUGCUUCCCAAAUGGCACUCUAUUCUCUAUAUAGUGCACUACUUUUAACCAGAUGAACCCAUGCAGGGAAUAGGGUACCAUUUGGGAUGGUGUUGCAAAACUACACUAUAAUUUUAAUGGUAGGUUUAUUUGAACAGUGAGAGACAGAAUAACAACAACAAAAUCCAGAAAAACGCAUGUCAAAAAUGUUAUAAAUUGAUUUGCAUUUUAAUGAGGGAAAUAAGUAUUUGACCCCCUCUCAAUCAGAAAGAUUUCUGGCUCCCAGGUGUCUUUUAUACAGGUAACGAGCUGAGAUUAGGAGCAUACUCUUAAAGGGAGUGCUCCUAAUCUCAGUUUGUUACCUGUAUAAAAGACACCUGUCCACAGAAGCAAUCAAUCAGAUUCCCAACUCUCCACCAUGGCCAAGACCAAAGAGCUCUCCAAGGAUGUCAGGGACAAGAUUGUAGACCUACACAAGGCUGGAAUGGGCUACAAGACCAUCGCCAAGCAGCUUGGUGAGAAGGUGACAACAGUUAUUAUUCGCAAAUGGAAGAAACACAAAAUAACUGUCAAUCUCCCUCGGCCUGGGGCUCUAUGCAAGAUCUCACCUCGUGGAGUUGCAAUGAUCAUCAGAACGGUGACGAAUCAGCCCAGACCUACACAGGAGGAUCUUGUCAAUGAUCUCAAGGCAAGCUGGGACCAUAGUCACCAAGAAAACAAUUGGUAACACACUACGCCGUGAAGGACUAAAAUCCUGCAGCGCCCGCAAGGUCCCCCUGCUCAAGAAAGCACAUAUACAGGCCCGUCUGAAGUUUGCCAAUGAACAUCUGAAUGAUUCAGAGGAGAACUGGUUGAAAGUGUUGUGGUCAGAUGAGACCAAAAUGGAGCUCUUUGGCAUCAACUCAACUCAGCGUGUUUGGAGGAGGAGGAAUGCUGCCUAUAACCCCAAGAACACCAUCCCCACCGUCAAACAUGGAGGUGGAAACAUUAUGCUUUGGGGGUGUUUUUCUGCUAAGGGGACAGGACAACUUCACCGCAUCAAAGGGACGAUGGACGGGGCCAUGUAACGUCAAAUCUUGGGUGAGAACCUCCUUCCCUCAGCCAGGACAUUGAAAAUGGGUCGUGGAUGGGUAUUCCAGCAUGACAAUGACCCAAAACACACAGCCAAGGCAACAAAGGAGUGGCUCAAGAAGAAGCACAUUAAGGUCCUGGAGUGGCCUAACCAGUCUCCAGACCUUAAUCCCAUAGAAAAUCUGUGGAGGGAGCUGAAGGUUCGAGUUGCCAAACGUCAGCCUCGAAACGUUAAUGUCUGCAAAGAGGAGUGGGACAAAAUCCCUCCUGAGAUGUGUGCAAACCUGGUGGCCAACUACAAGAAACGUCUGACCUCUGUGAUUGCCAACAAGGGUUUUGCCACCAAGUACUAAGUAAUGUUUUGCAGAUGGGUCAAAUACUUAUUUCCCUCAUUAAAAUGCAUAUCAAUUUAUAACAUUUUUGACAUGUGUUUUUCUGGAUUCUUUUGUUGUUAUUCUGUCUCUCACUGUUCAAAUAAACCUACCAUUAAAAUUAUAGACUGAUCAUUUCUUUGUCAGUGGGCAAACAUACAAAAUCAGCAGGGGAUCAAAUACUUUUUUCCCUCACUGUACCAGAACACCAUGUAGGCUAACACAUCCAUUUUGUCUUUUCUAUGUUGGUAGGUCCUGGGCAUGUGUUUCUCCAUGACUUUGUUCUGUCACAUAAGCCGGUCUGGACUCGCCUACAAAUUAUGAAAAUUCUACCUCCCUGGUUAGGACCUUUCUGUUCACACUGAACACAUCUGUCUUCAACUGUUUUACAAAAGAUUUCCUUAUACACGUAUCUUUACAACAAUAAUUUGAAAAGCAUUCACCUAUGAGAUUUUAUAUAAUUAAAUGUAUGUUUUAUUUUGUUUUCUGUAACAUGCCGCCAGUUCAUGCUCUCUGAGGUUUCAUUUCAUGCUGAAAGGCAGGCACUUUAUAAUGUAAACCCAAAUAAUUCAAUAAACAUUGAGCUUUUAAUUCAUUUUAACCCCACAAAGAUCCUGACUAAAAGUACUUUACCCUCCCGAUAUGUAACUGUAUAGAUUUUUCCACCAUCA